AUGGAGGAGAAGAAGCAGUUUCUUUGUGGGGUGGUGGAAGGGUUCUACGGGAGGCCCUGGUCUAUGGAUCAGAGGAAAGUUCUCUUCCAGUGGAUGCAGCAUUGGGGGUUGAACACGUACCUGUACGGCCCAAAAGAUGACCUAAAACACAGACUGUUGUGGAGAGAAGUCUACUCUCCUGAGGAGGAGGGUCAGUUGCGUACUCUCAUAGCGGAGGCCCAGUCGAGAGGCCUGAGGUUCGUUUACGCCCUCUCUCCUGGUCAGGACAUCGUCUUCUCCUCUUCCUGUGACCUGACACUACUCAAGCGCAAGCUGAGACAGGUAUCCGACCUGGGUUGCCAGGCAUUUGCCAUUCUGUUUGAUGACAUCGACCACUCCAUGUGUCAGGCCGACAGCGAGGCCUUUUCUUCAUUCGCUCAUGCUCAGGUCACCGUAACCAAUGAGAUCUAUCGGUUCUUGGGGGAACCACCCGUCUUCCUGUUCUGCCCUACAGAGUACUGUGGUUCUCUGUGUUCUCCCAGCGUAUCAAAGUCUCCCUACCUGCAGACUGUUGGAGAGGACCUACUGCCCAACAUAACAGUGGUAUGGACAGGCAGUAAGGUCAUCUCCAGGAAACUGUCCGCUGACUGCCUGGCUGAGGUGGAGUCUGUCCUCCAGCGCCCCCCGCUCAUCUGGGACAACCUGCACGCUAACGACUACGACUCCAGGCGUCUCUUCCUCGGGCCGUUUAAGGGCAGAGAGCCUCAGCUGAGGAGCCACCUGAGAGGCCUCUUACUCAACCCCAACUGCGAGUUUGAAGCCAACUACAUCCCUCUCCAUACGCUUGGAAGCUGGUACCGAGCUGGGAAGGAGGAGAGGAAAGAUGAGGAGUGUGAAUACUGUCCUGAUAGAGCUCUGUCUGCUGCACUACGUGAUUGGAUGGAGGAACUCAACCAGCCUCUACAAGCAGGUCGGCAGAGCACACGAGCAGACCAGCGUUCCUCUGCACCCACAUCUCGCUGCAAAACUCCUGACAGAUCCGACUGCCCUUCCACCUUGAGAGGAACCUCUGCCGUGGCCAAGCUUCCUGUUUUCCCCCUGAACUCCAGCUCACCCCCGUCAUCACCCACUAAGGUCAAGGGGGAGAGGGAGGGACAAGAAGGGGAGAAGAAGAGGUCAAACCAGUCGAGUCAACCCCAUCAGCAACCUCCAGGGUCCCGGUCUGGAGCUCCCUCAGGUGGCGGCAGGGGGCAGAAGGCCCAGGGUCGGGGACUCUGCGGUGGGAAAGUCCUACUAAGUGAAUCCCAGGUGCGGCUGCUGGUUGGUCUUCAUUAUCUGCCUCAUGAGCAUGGCCCGUCUGCCCAGAAGCUGCUGCAGGACCUGACCUGGCUGAAAUCAAACUGCCACCUGGUCAGCACUAACAGCAAAAAGGCACCGCCUCAGAAGGUCGAUGAGUGGCGAGGUCGGGCCUCCAGGUUCCUGUCCCUGUGUGAAGACAUAGCACAGCUCCACUGUAGCGUGGUGGGCGGGGCCAACAGGGCGGUGCUCUAUGACCUUUACCCUUAUGUGUGGGACCUGAGGAACAUGGCUCUUGUGGCAAAAGCAUUCAUAUGCUGGCUGGAUGGACGAGUGUUGAGUGACAGCUCCACCCUGGGCACAUGGAGGAACUGCUUUCACUGGUGUGGGAAGUCCACGGGGGCGGACCUACUGGGAGUGGAGUCAGAGCCAUGGGUGUUCAAAGGGGGCGUGUCUGGGGAGGUGCAGAUGCUUCUCCCAAUAGGCAGCAGCAGUGAACUCUUCACUCAUCCUCCUCCUCUCUUCCCUACCUCUCGUCUCUAUAACAUCAGGCCCUACCAUGGCAAGGACAAGGUGGAGCUGUAUCGGAUGGUGCGCCAACUCCACCUGAGGACUCAGGGUGGGCAAGGGUCCAGUGCUGCUCACCCAGAUGUCAUAGGAGACAGAUGUCUCGGGCCGUGCCUGGCGCUGUGCCCGGAGUACAGCUUCAUCCUGGAGGAUGAGCUGGGUGUGUGUGGUUGCGUGUUGGGCAUCCUGGACGUUCGCUCCUUCGCCAAGCGGUGCCAGGCCAGCUGGAUGCCGGCCAUGAGGGACAAAUACCCACCCAAAGGGGGCAGCACACACCCCAACACGCAGGACUUAAUCCAGCUGAUGGAGGAGGACCAGGGAGAGUACCCAGACUCUCUCCUCUAUCACUUCCCCUCUCAGCUGCGACUGGACGCCCUGCCCGAGCUGGUGGACAUCAGCGUCAGCCGCACCCUGCUCACCGCGCUCCUCACUGCACUCAAAGCCAACGGUUCUCAGGGUGUGUUCUGCGAGGUGCAGCCGACAGACCGUCAGAGGCUGGAGUUCUUGACCAAACUGGGCUUCCUGGAGAUCCUCAGAGGAGAAGCGAGGAGCAGAGAGGGAGUGGUGCUGGGCAGGCUGCUCUGAACGCAAACACACACACACACACAUCACCAGAAAAACACAUGGAGACACAGAGGCGCUCGCUCACACACACAGAAAGAUGUUGGAAGCACAGCAUGCACAGCACAGCAUAGAGACGGCUCAGCCUCGCAAAUAAGCAGGAUCUGUAUUUUCCCCCGUCAAGAGCGACAAUCCUGGAUUCCUUUAAGUCUGUGUGGCAGUAAUGGGAUGAACCCGGAGAGUUCUGAGGGACUUCCGAAAUAUAAAAUAAGCUUUGAGUUUAGACAUGCAGCAGAACAGUGCUAAUCUCUCUCAGAUUCCACCCCUGACUACGGAUUACAGAAUUCAGUCAAUUUACAAGGAAGUCGACGACAGAACAGUGUGAGAUGGGAGCAGAGCAGUAGAUCACAGCAGCAAAAACAUUCUUCUCUGCAGAACGCCUGUCACUUACAAUCAUUUACAUGUAUGUAUAUACUGUAUAUAUGUAAGCUUGUGUCCAAAGUGGUCACAAAAAUCUGUUCUUUUAGGUCAGUUCAGGUGAAUGUGCUCAGGAGAGUGAGCAUAUUACACUGCAGCCAUGUGCACAUUUUCAAUGAGUGGUGCUGAGGCAUUUAUAGGAUAAUAAUUCAUUAAAUCAUCCAUUAAAAAUAGAGGCAUCAGGCUAUUUAAACAUUUUAUUAAUUUAAAACAGAA